AUGUCGAGUAACAGCAAUUGCUCACAAGGGUCUUCGUCGGAGGUGUUUCUGUUGGAGUGGAUUCGGCGACAUCUUUUGGAGGACGAGUUGGAUUCGGUUGGGGGAUUAGGGAAAAAUACUCCGAGUUUGACGAGUAUUGAUGGGGUUACGGAUACCGAGACUCCCGGGAAGGGGAGUUCGAUUAGAGGGCUGCAGUUCAGAGGAGUGAGGAGGAGGCCAUGGGGGAAGUACGCAGCAGAGAUAAGAGACCCCAAUAGAAAAGGGGCUCGCAUAUGGCUGGGGACAUACCAGACCGCUGAAGAGGCUGCUUUGGCUUACGAUCGAGCUGCUUUUCAGAUGCGGGGAGCCAAGGCCAAGCUCAACUUUCCUCACAUGAUUGGUUCCGCGGAGGCGCUGAUUGGCAUAGGCUGCUGUCACCCUAAGCGCGCUUCCCCUGAUUCCCCUCCGCCCCUAUUCAGCGUCAAGCGCCCUAGAACGGACUCGCCCGCUAUGCCACGAUGCUAA